AUGGGCAUUCUCUCGCUCCCGGAUGAGCUCCUCAUUGAGAUAUUCAGGGCGGUCAAGACUCACAACCCAGCCAAUAAGGCACACCACACAUCCUUCGCCAGCUCAUCAGGAGACAUAGCCAGUGUCAGGCUGGUGUGCCGCCGAUUUGAAGCUUGCAGCUCCCACCUGCUAGUUCACUUCAUACGCAUCGAUGGGAUUAAUUCCGAGUCCCUGGAGAAGCUCGAGGCCAUCUCCAGGCAUCCCGUCAUCCGAAAUGGUGUCCACAUUGUCAGACUCGUCACUCAGUUUUAUACCUCCACUUAUGCAAACGAUGUCCGACGGUUUGCCUGGCAUGCAGUCAACCGGGUGUUUGGCCUAGCAUCGCGGUACAAGGAGGACGUGGAAGCUGCUGAAGAUGCCGAUGCCGAGGGCUUCAGCGAGAGACGACAGGAGGCUGCGGUGGUGCUGGCCAAUGUGAAAGCCAUCCUUAAGACAUGGGGUCGCGUCAGCCUCCAAGGCAUGGAGGAUUCCAUUGGAUCAUGGAGCGUCGACUUUGACAAAUCCAAUCAGGACUGUAUGGCAAUACGGCGCAGAAACUCGGGCGAGCAAGAAAAAAGCGAAGUGGAGAGGCACCUUCAACUGCUGCAUAUCGCUCAUCAGCUCUACCGGCUACGCUUUGAGGACCAGGAACGACUUCGACAAAAUGACGCUUUCAUCGAGAGGUUUGCAGCAGCCGUGUCUCGGAUGCCCAAGGCCAAGGGGAUCGAGUUCCACGACUUUCAGCGCCCACAGUAUCAGAGCUCGCACGAGGACGGUGGUACCGAACAGAGUGGCUCGUUCUUCCCAGAAACCGACGAAUACGCUGGCCUCGUGGACAUGGAAUCGCUUGUGCAGCCCAUGUCAUGGGAUGAAGCCACAGAUCGGCAACUCGGCGAACCUCCAAUUGAACUUGUAUUCAGGCUUCCAGUUGCGAUCCACCACGCCGGAGCACGGCUUGACAGGAUAUCGAUGCAGACCAACACAUGCGCAGAGCAAUACUACCCCUUGUUUGAGAGGGUCAGCAUGAACGACUUUAUCAAGCUGGGGACGGCCAUCAACAGGAUGAACUUGAAAAGCUUCAUCUUUCUACACCAGGAGGAAAUGAAGCCGCGCAUAAGGCAGACGCCUUCCUCGGAGGAGAUUGACGCCUUUGAUAGCUUCAUCUCGGCCAUGACGAACAGCGGUGGCCUGGAAAGGUGCUGGAUGCGUCUGGACGGCGGAUGGUCUGACGGCGGGCUCGACGCCGAUCGACAAUCCGGGCUCGGGCCGUUUCUCCUUCCUGACGCGGACUCUCUGGGUCGCUGGGGACAGCCAGACUGGAGGAUGCUCCGUGACAUCCACCUGUCUGAUUUCGCGCUGCACCUGUCCGACCUGGAGCGCCUGGCUGCGCAGCUCAAGGAGUCGGGAACAAGGCUCGACUUCCUCACUCUGCAGCGCACCCGUCUCCUCAGCGGAACGUGGGCCCAAGCUCUUGAAGUCCUCAGGAACGUGGAAGUGGAGUACGAAAAGCAGCUCGUCGAGCCCAACGGGGCGGAGUGCGAGGACGUGACCAUGAUGCGGGGCGGGCGGUAUGAUGUCGUUUUUGGAAGGUCUUGGGACGAGACGAGGAGUCUGGCUGACGACUUUAUCAACGGAGACAUGAAGCAUAAUCCGCUGCAUGAGAGUUAUACCGUCGAAUUCUUGUACUCUGUCGAUGGUGAGGACGUCACGGUGGAGGUCACGGUUGGUGAUGAAAGUGAGGGUUUGCCAGAAGCUGGGGAAGCCGAGGAUGAGGUGGCUACACAAGUCAUAUCACAGAUUGCAUUUUGA